AUGGCCGCGCUUCCUCUCGCCCGCGCGCAUCAGCUUUGCGCGCCUCUCAUUCCGCCAUUUUCGCCUUCCCCAUAUCUCCGCUCCGCCCCGCUACCGCCUCUCUCCGCCAUCCCCGCGAGUCCGCUCUGUCGUCGCCGCACUCCGCUCGCCCCACUCCGCGGGGCGGCCAGGCGGCGCGCGAUCGCGCUGAGGGCGCAGGCGGCGGCAGCCGCGGAUGAGGGGAAGGAGCCGAGGGGCGGGGUUGCGGGCGAGCGAAGCAGCGGCGGGGUGAAGCGCGUGGUGGUUCUCGGCGGGAGCGGGCGCGUGGGGCGGUCGACGGCCGUGGCGCUGGCGGCGCUGGCGGCGUCCGACGACGAAGCGACGCGCGCGGACUUCCAACUGGAGCUCAUCAUCAGCGGGCGCAACAGGGGGAGGGGCGAGGCGGUGUGUGAGGAGGUGAGGGCGGCAGCGGGGGCGGCAGGGAGUGCGGUGUUCAUAGAGUGCGACAUCACCCACGCCUCUGCACUUGACAGCCUCCUCUCAGGAGCCGACCUGGUGGUGCACUGUGCGGGGCCCUUCCAGCGAGAACCGCACUGCACCGUUCUGGAAGCAGCCAUCCGCACCAAGACGCCCUACGUGGACGUGUGUGAUGACGUGGCAUUCGCUGCCAACGCGCGGUCGCUGCACGGCGCUGCUGUGGCGGCGGGUGUGCCGGCCAUCACCACCGCCGGCAUCUACCCGGGCGUCAGCAACUUGAUGGCAGCGGAGCUGGUGCGGCUAGCAGGGGAGGAGGGGGCGCGCAUGGAGGAGCAACAAGGGCAGCAGCAAGCCGCUCUCGGCCUUCGACCAAAGAGCCUGCGCACCUGUCUCCUCUCCGGCUCCGCCAUUCUCUCCACCCACUCCUCUCCUCCGUGCACUCCCGCUCGCUUCUCUUCCGCCCACAACAAACCUUGCCCUCUCCCCCCCUUUCCCGGCCUACUAGCUUCUCGGCAGCGUCUGCAGCUGCCAGCGUACAGCCAGCAGCGUCUGGUGGACUUUGGCCCGGGCGUGGGGGAGAGAAGCACGUACCUGCUCAACCUACCGGAGGUGGUGUCAGCGCACGAGGUGCUGGGGGUGCCCACCGUGUCGGCCCGCUUUGGCACGGCGCCUCACAUGUGGAACUGGGCCAUGCACCUGCUGCGCUCCCUGCUGCCUCAGGUGCGCCCUGCUGCCUCAGUCAGUGCUGCAGGACCGCAGGCAGUGCAGCGCAUGGUGGGGGCGUUGGAGCCUCUGGUGCUCACACCACCCCCUCCACAUCUUCCCCUCCACCCACUCCCUGGGGCCCACAUCUGCCAGGCCGUGCUGCAGGACUGCAGCGCAGUGCAGCGCAUGGCGGGAGUGUUGGAGCCGCUGGUGCGCGCCGCUGAUGGCAGCGCGGGGGAGAGGGUCGCCAUGCGGGUCUCCCCUCGACACCCCCCUACCUUCCCUCACUCGAUCCCCCUCCCUCCUUCCUACUCGCGCCACUACUCCCCCCGUUCCUCUCUCCUGUGUUUCACAUGUUUCAAGGUCGAUUUGGAGACAGAGAAUGGUCGCUCCACAACGGCUCUGUUCUCCCACCGCCGCUUAUCAGUGAGUGUGGGCGUGGCUACAGCAGCAUUUGCUGUCGCUCUGCUGGAAGGCACGUCCCUGCCAGGCGUGCACUACCCCGAACAGGCUGAGGCCAUUCCAGUGGCGCAGCGAGAGUUGCUAUUGCAACGCGCCGCUCUGGGCGCACGGUUUUUCGCCAUCAACAAGCCCGGUUGGAUGAUUGAGAGGGAACCCAAGCAAAUUGGCAUGGGUUUGUACAUAUGA